GCGAGAAGUGGAUAAGUUUCACUGCAGUGAUCUAGAAUGGAUUAAUAAGAUUCCCGAAUGUCCCGUAUACCAUCCCUCAAAAGAGGAAUUUGAGGAUCCUCUGGUUUAUCUGCAGAAGCUUGCUCCGGAAGCCUCAAGAUAUGGUCAGAUACCCUAUUUUUUUUGCUAUUCUAAUCGUCAUUCCAUGCAUUAUUAUUUUAGUAGUUAAAGGAUUAUGAGAGUUUGAAAUGAUAACGAAUGCAGAUAGUGCAGACCCAAUUCGAUGACUAUUUAGUUUUUGAUUUUUGAAAUUUUAUGUGUAUUUUCUCAUAAUUUUCUUACUGUGGUUUUCGACUUUUUUAAGUAAAUGUUUGAAUUUUGGGACAAAUUUAAAAAAUAGAAACAAGUUUAAAAAAUUACUUUUUUUAGUUUUCAAAACUUGGCUUGGAUUUUAAAAAUACAGAUAAUAAAACUAAACAAUUAGUCAGUGAAACUAGUUUUUGUAAGCUUAAUUUUAAAAAAUCCUAAAGCAAAUGAUUAUCAAAUAAGCCUUAGUUUAGUUGUUGUGGUUGUUUAUUACUGUUGUUCGACAAAGGAACUAUUUUCAGGUGCAGGGAUCUCAUGUAAGUCUAGUAAAAACUGGAUAUUGGUAAUAUUUGAUUGUGAAUGCAGGCACUUGAGGUGAAUGAUAUAUCAUCGCUAUAUUUCCUUUUCUCAACUUUUUAGUUGCUACGUACAAGAAGCUUAUGUUUUUGGUCGACUCUCAAUAUCUCAAUUUAUGUUAAACUCGCUUACUCCUUUGAAAUUUGGAUAUGUGGUACUGAUGGUGGAGUAGAGUUUGGUUUUGACGAUCUUGUGAGGUUUAAAAACAUUGUCUAUUUAGUUAUAUGAAUCUUUUUUAGUCUUUAUCAUUCAUCAUUAAUAUUUAUUCCGAUGGGUUGAACUAUUCAUUAUUAUUAAUUUAUUAUUAUUUAUUUUUGAACAAAUGCUUCUACCCAAAGAUUACAUACUUAGCUCAAAGUUGUGAUGUUAGACUGAAUCACUUCAUAGGUUUGUAUAUCAUAAUUAUAAUUCUCAUUUACCCAAUACGUUUGAUCACUGCUCUCUAAUAGUUACUUGACUUCUAAUCCAAUUACAGGUUUUACGAGUGAUCGUUCAUUUAUAUUACACUCAAGUACAAAUUUUCACAUCGUGCAUCAUGCAUAAACGUAAUGUAUCGUAAGCCAGAUGACCGAAAUAGAACCUGUUAAAUUUUAUUGAGUUCGUUAAUGCACAAUAUAGCGUUGGCCAUCAUAAAUAAACAUUUUGCUUCAAUUGUUGAUACUUGUGAUUGUGUGGGAUGAGUCAACUUGUCUUGAGUUUUCUUGUUGAAUUAAGUUAUAUACUGGGCUUUCCUUUGUGGAGCUCUUUUCUUAGACCUUCUGUAUCUUCUGUAAGUUUUCCAAUACUUUCAUCAACUCAACUAAAGUUUUUCAGGGUUUUUAAACUUUGCAUGGAUGUUUUCCCUUGUUCACGAAAUCAGGGCUUCGUCCUGUCAAAACGUGUCCUUAAAAUUUUUGUUAUUAAUUUUAGAUAACUGAUUUCCAAUAAAGGUUGACAUUUGCUUCCUAUAGUUCAUUGAGAAUCCUGUAAUAGUUUGAUCCCCGACGUUUAAGACCAGCUUGUCUUGUCAAGUAAAAGUUGGCCAUUUAACAAUCUCUCCAACAUAUUGUCAUGGUUGUCUAUUAAUCUUAAUAUUUAAAAGGCUCUUGAAACUUAAAUUGAAAGUGUCACUGAACCAUGGGGAAAAAGACCCUUUGCUGUUUAUUUUAACUUUUGUCUGCUGAUUUAUAAUAUUAUAUAAAACAGUUCAAAAUCAUCUGGACCGGUGGAGUUUAACGCACUUUAUAUUCAAUGCAUUUUCCAUAUUUUCUCCGGUUUUCUUUUCAAUGUAAAAAGGAUGAGCAGCUUCUGUUUUCGGUAGGCAAAUUAUAGUAACUGCAGGCAGAUUACAUGAUUACUUUGGUCGUUUUGACUUGAUGAUUCAUGAUACAGACAUAACCUCUACAAUUUGGCAUGUGCAAGAUAGUCUCUCCUUGUAGUGCUUCUGUCCCUGCUGGGAUUGUUUUAAUGAAGGAACUAGUAGGAUUUAAAUUCACAACCAGAGUUCAACCACUUCGUCUUGCUGAGUGGCACACUGAUGAUAGAAUGACCUUCUACAAGAGUGGCAGAAAUUAUACCUUUCGCGAUUUCGAGAAAAUGGCAAACAAGGUUUUUGAGCGUAGAUAUUGUAGUUCUGGGUGCCUUCCUGCCAAAUACUUAGAGAAGGAAUUUUGGCAUGAAAUUAUUGGUGGGAAAACAGAUACUGUAGAAUAUGCUUGUGACGUCGAUGGUACAGCAUUUUCAUCUUCUCCAAAUGAUGAGCUUGGGAAAAGUAAAUGGAAUUUGAAGAAACUUUCAUGGUUACCCAAGUCUAUCUUGCGUCUUUUAGAGAUGGCGAUUCCGGGAGUUACUGAGCCCAUGCUAUACAUUGGGAUGCUGUUUAGUAUAUUUGCCUGGCAUGUGGAGGAUCAUUUCCUGUAUAGUAUUAAUUAUCAUCACUGUGGAGCAUCAAAAACUUGGUAUUGUAUUCCUGGUGAUGCAGCUUUAAGAUUUGAGAACGUUGUGAGAGAAAAUGUGUACAGAGAUGAUAUUCUGUCAGCAAACAGUGAGGAUGGAGCUUUUGAUAUUCUUUCAGGAAAAACAACAUUGUUUCCUCCAAAUAUUCUGCUGGAGCACGGUGUCCCAGUAUACAAGGCUGUUCAAAAACCAGGGGAGUUCAUAAUUACGUUUCCAAGAGCAUACCAUGCUGGUUUUAGUCACGGAUUCAAUUGUGGUGAAGCUGUGAACUUUGCCGUUAGCAAUUGGUUUCCUCUGGGUGCUCUGGCUAGCCAGCGUUAUGCCCUUCUCAAUAGAGUUCCCCUUCUUCCUUACGAAGAACUUUUGUGUAAAGAAGCAAUGCUUCUCUACACAAGUUCAGAACUUGAUUCAGAUCAUGCAUCCUUGGAUUCAGUCUCUCACCAUUCCCUCAAGAUAUCUUUUGUGAGUUUGAUUCGCUUCCACCAUCGUGCUCGGUGGUUACUCGUUAAAUCCAGAGUAUGUAGGGGUAUUUCCACAAGGUCCCAUUGCACUAUCCUCUGCAGUUUAUGCAAACGUGACUGCUACAUUGCAUAUGUCAAUUGCAGCUGUUAUGGGCAUCCUACGUGCCUUCGCCAUGAUUUUGAUUCUAUUAACUUUUCAUGUGGGAGAAAUCAUACACUGGUGUUGCGGGAGGACAUUUCAGAAAUGGAAACUGCAGCCAGGAAGUUUGAAAAGGAAGGAAGAAUUUUAGAGGAAAUUCUUGAGCGAACCAAAAGUAAUCAGGACUUAUAUUCUUAUCCACUGUCAAAUUUGUUUCAGAAAGCUGAAGAAGAGGGUUACAGUGCUUACUGUUCGAUGACAUUUCGGUUGAACCCUGAGCUGGAUGAAAUUGAUGGUAGUUAUUCACAAGAGAACGAAAGUUUUUCAACUAAGCGAGCUUUGACAAGUGGUGCCGCUUAUAUAUUUAGAACUGAAAUGUCUGGGGCUUCAUGUAGUCAAAAGCCAAACAAUCUAGGGAACUGCUCAGGAUCAGAUAUUCAACCUCCUGGGGAUCAAAAUGAUGAUGAUUCGGACACCGAGAUUUUUUGGGUUAAGCGUCGAUCAUUGAGGGUGAAAAAGAACAUUGCAAAUGAUAGGAUAAAGCAGUCUUCUCAACAGGGUUUCAAAAGGCUGAAAAAACUCCAUCAACAUACAGGGUGUGGUCAAUUAAUGUCAUCAGUUUGUUGUAAAGCUGACAAGUCAAGUUCCAAAGUGUUUCCUACUAGUAAAGAUGAUAUCUUUGUAGAAAGAUCUAACAGAACAACCAUUCCCAUCUCUAUAAAGUUAAAGAGAUUCAGCAUUGAGGAAGCAGAUAACAGACAACAACUUGAGCGCCACAGGAAAGAAGUGUUCUGGCAUGAACAGGGAAAGGCCUCACCACACCACCCUCUUCCUGCUGCUGUGUGUGGGCCAAAGCGCCUUAAAAUCAGAGGUCCAUCAUCAUACCUGGGGUCUCACCACAGGUUGCAUUGAAGCUUUUUAAUUACAAAGUAGUGUCCAGCUAUCAGUAAUUGAUCUGCUCCGGAGCAUACUUUUUUGCAUUAUCUUGCUAGUAUACUUCUUUCUGAUGGGGUUCUAACGAUAUGGAGAAAAAAAAAAAAAAGGAUAAGAAAGAAAUAUAGUUCACUCUUGGAGAGUUGAAUGUGUAUAAUACUCUAUGCAGACCUUGCAUAUAGUUAGAUUAUUCUUAAGGUUCUUGCGCCAAGGCGUUUUUCGGCCUUUGGCUGGAGAACCUUCCUGCAGGGGUGAUGAUAUUUUAGGAGAUUGUGGAUAAUUAAUAUAUGUGUAGUUAGUAGUAAUCUUGUAAAUAUUGUGGCCAAAUUUUAUGCUGAUAAACAGGUUCAUCAUACCUCCCUUCACAUUGAAUAAAAUCGGCUCUAUGAUUGUCAAACUAA